GUGGAGCCAGGGAAUGGGGAGGGGGGCGGGACGGGGCCGGAGCUCCCGGGCAGAGAAGCACCCUAGGAGCCGGCCGUCCGCAUCCCACACGCAUCAGCCUCCUCGAACUAUGAGCCGGAGGAGUCGCCUGCUCCGGUUCCCGCUGCUCCUGCUGCUGCUGCUGCUGCUGCCGCCGCCCCAGGUCCUGCCCGUGGACACCCAGACGCCGGGGUACAAAGGCCUGGCCUGCCUGUCUUCCUCUGUGUCGUCAAACACCCAGCAAGCCCAGCAAGUGAACCCCUGUUGUUACUACCCAUGCCAGCACCAGGGGAUCUGUGUCCGCUUCGGCCUUGACCGCUACCAGUGUGACUGCACCCGCACGGGCUAUUCUGGCCCCAACUGCACCAUCCCUGAGCUGUGGACCUGGCUCCGGAAUUUGCUGCGACCCAGCCCCUCUUUCCUCCACUUCCUGCUGACGCACGGGCGCUGGUUCUGGGAGUUCAUCAAUGCCACCUUCAUCCGUGAUACACUCAUGCGCCUGGUACUCACAGCGCGUUCCAACCUUAUCCCCAGCCCCCCCACCUACAACAUAGCGCAUGACUACAUCAGCUGGGAGUCCUUCUCCAAUGUGAGCUAUUACACGCGUGUACUGCCCUCUGUGCCCCAGGACUGCCCCACACCCAUGGGGACCAAAGGGAAGAAGGAGUUGCCAGAUGCCCAGCUCCUGGGCCGUCGCUUCCUGCUCAGGAGGAAGUUCAUACCUGACCCCCAAGGCACCAACCUCAUGUUCGCCUUCUUUGCACAACACUUCACCCAUCAGUUCUUCAAAACUUCUGGCAAGAUGGGUCCUGGCUUCACCAAGGCCUUGGGCCAUGGGGUAGAUCUCGGCCACAUUUAUGGGGACAACCUUGAACGUCAGUAUCAGCUUCGGCUCUUUAAGGAUGGGAAACUCAAGUACCAGGUGCUGGACGGAGAGAUGUACCCGCCAUCGGUGGAGGAGGCGCCUGUGCUGAUGCACUACCCUCGGGGCAUUCCGCCCCAGAGCCAGAUGGCCGUGGGCCAGGAGGUGUUUGGGCUGCUUCCCGGGCUCAUGCUCUAUGCCACGCUCUGGCUGCGUGAACACAACCGCGUGUGUGACCUGUUGAAGGCCGAGCACCCCACCUGGCCUGAUGAGCAACUCUUCCAGACGGCCCGCCUCAUCCUCAUCGGGGAGACCAUCAAGAUUGUGAUUGAGGAGUACGUGCAACAGUUGAGUGGCUACUUCCUGCGGCUGAAGUUUGACCCAGAACUGCUGUUCAGCUCCCAGUUCCAGUACCGCAACCGCAUCGCCAUGGAGUUCAACCAGCUCUACCACUGGCACCCGCUCAUGCCCGACUCCUUCCACGUGGGACCCCAGGAGUACAGCUAUGAGCAGUUCCUGUUCAACACCUCCAUGCUCGUGGACUAUGGGGUCGAGGCCCUGGUAGACGCCUUCUCUCGCCAGAGUGCUGGCCGGAUUGGCGGGGGCAGAAACAUAGACCACCACGUCCUGCACGUGGCCGUGGAGGCCAUCAAGGAAUCCCGUGAGCUGCGGCUGCAGCCCUUCAAUGAGUACCGCAAGAGGUUUGGCAUGAGGCCCUACACGUCCUUCCAGGAGCUCACAGGGGAGACGGAGAUUGCAGCCGAGUUGGAGGAGCUGUAUGGAGACAUCGAUGCCUUGGAGUUCUACCCAGGGCUGCUUCUGGAGAAGUGCCAUCCCAACUCCAUCUUUGGGGAGAGUAUGAUAGAAAUUGGGGCUCCCUUUUCCCUCAAGGGCCUCCUAGGGAAUCCCAUCUGCUCUCCAGAGUACUGGAAGCCAAGCACCUUUGGUGGUGAGAUGGGCUUCAAUAUGGUCAAGACAGCUACGCUGAAGAAGCUGGUUUGCCUCAACACCAAGACUUGUCCCUAUGUUUCCUUCCAUGUGCCUGACCCCCACAAGGAUGACGGGCCUGGUGUGGAGCGGCCAUCCACAGAGCUCUGAAGGGGCAGAGCAGCAGCUGGAGGGUGGAUUUUGUGUUCAUCAUCCCAGAAUGCUGAGGCCGGGGUUGAUAGUCUCAAAUGUUGGGUCUUUGGUUUGGCAUUGAGAGUAUCAAGGUGGACCUUUAGAACUUUGCGUCUCUCACCCAUUACCUGGAAUAUCGUGGUCUUAUUGUUAUUCUAGAAUGCUGAAUUCCUGGUGGACCGUUUAGAAUGUUAGGAGGGAUUCUUCUUUGGCAUGCCAGAACAUGGGGUUCCUGGCUAACAACCUAGAAUAUCACAUUUCUGGUUGACUUGGGACAUAGGCAUUCUAAAAUGUGGAGCUCCUGAUGAAAUCAUCUAGAAAGGUAGGGGAUUCUUAUUUUGCAUUCUGGAAUUCUGGGCGGCCCUCCAGAAUGUUGAUUUUCUGAUUGGCAGUUCAGAAUGUUGUGCUGCUCCUUGCUGUUCCAGAACAGAGGCUGGUAGGCCAGCUUAGUCUUGAUCUGAAUGCCUAGAAUGGUAAUUUGAUUCAUUUUCCUGUUUAGUGAGAUAUCCACAAAGCAGGAGAACUGUGAUCUAACACGAAUCCAUUGCCCACAUCUGAACCUGAACCAAGGGGGCAAGAGGGCUGGGUGUUCUUCCUGGGACCCUGACUUAGACCCUGGACUAAGGAGAUAAAGAGCACAGGUGGACUUUCCCCAGCCAUUGGUUGAAAGCCACCAGAACUGUCGCCAUCUUUGUCUUGACUCAUGGCAGCUGUUUCUCAUGAAGCUAAUAAAAUUCUUUUUCCAAA